AUGUGGAUCAAACGUCAGGACAAGCAGCAGCAGCAAAAAGUUGCAGUAAACAACAAGAGGAGGAGCAAGGCGGCUUCACAUGGACGAGUCCAGCAUACAUUGCCAAUGCUGAUGUCGAACCUCUCAUCGUCAUGGUGGAAGGCUCGGUCUCGCGACUUCAAGAGGGCAAGAUCGUGGCCGGCUACGAGGCGUGGUUUGACGGUAAGGAUCUGUUCAAUCAGGUCAAGCUUCCACCGCCUUCCAAGGAUCGUGCCUCACUGUAUGGGUGUUACGACGCACUUAGCCAUUGCAUCAACAAGUAUGCCAUUGGUGAACCUGACACCAAGAGGAAUGUGA